AUGGCGACCUGUGCGACGUCAGGAGCGCGGACGACGACGAUAGCGGUGGUGGGCGACUGCAUGCUGGGUCGCCUGGUGAACCACAUGCUGCUGCGACGAGGCAAAGCCGUGCCUCGGAGAGCGGAUGAGCACAUCGACCAGCACUCCAGCGCCCUUGCAGCUGCAUGGCAGGCAGAGCAAGGUGCUGAGGAGGAUAGUGCACACAUACCGGAAAGCUUCUGGCCUGACACUUCAGCGGGCGCACCUGCAACCACCAUCGACUUCUGUUCAUUGGCCAACAACCACGUGCUGGACUUUCAGGCGCAGGGCAUGCGUGAGACCAUGGAUAGCUUGACACGUGUCGGCAUCCGAUUCGCUGGCUGCGGGCGGAACCUGGCGGAGGCCUCAGCACCGGCGUUCAUCACGCUCCCGGGUGGCAACAGCUCAUUGCCGCCCAUCCAGCUGGCAUUGUUCAGUGCUGCCGACCACUUCAAGUACUGGGCGGCUACUGAAGAUUCCCCCGGGAUCCACUUGAUAGACCCUGAGAGAGUGACCGACGCUGACCUGCACCGUAUUGCUGGCCUCGUGGCAACCGCUAAGGAGCGCUCUGCUCGAACACUCGCAGUGGUGUGCAUGCACUGGGGCCCCAACUACGCCUGGCACCCCAGCCUUGCCAUCCGCCGUCUCGCACACGCCCUCAUCGACCGCUGCGGCGCCAGCCUCGUUAUAGGCACGUCGGCGCACCACAUACAGGGCGUGGAAUCCCAUCACGGCGCUCCCAUCCUGUACAGCUGCGGCGAUUUCAUCGACGAUUACAGAGUGGACGAGGAGUAUCGCAACGACCUCUCGUUCCUCUUCCACUUACACCUCGACCCUGUCUCGUGCCGCUUCACGAGCAUCAGCCUGUUCCCCAAUGCCAUUCGGCGCAUGCAGGCGAGUGCGCAUGUGAGUGCGGAGGAGCGGCGGUGGUUGUACUCGCGCAUGCAGCAGCUGUGUGCUGCCAUGGGGACGAGUGUCACGCCCGUGGAUCGAUCACUCCGGCAGCUGGAGAUUGUACUCUAG